GCCCCUAUCUUCUGUCAAAGUAGUCAAAUAAUUUCAAAGUUAUUACUUAUUAGCCACUUUUUAGCAUUUAGACUUGUUUUAAACCAGUAAAAGCAUAUUUCCUGCUAAAAAUAGUAAAUCAUUUAAUUUUGAAUAGUAUUUGAUCCAAGUUUAUUAAUCUGUGAUUGUUCAAACACGGAUUUCUAUAGUUUUUUUGCAAGAAAUGGGCGAUAAAUAUUGGUAUUGAUUUUUCACAGGACACCGCAAAGUAAAAUCCAGACUUAGGAAAUUCAUAUAUCUUGAAACAAUUUUGAAGAAGCAAACAGCAAAAUGACCGAUUCAAAGUAUUUCACGACUACAAAGAAAGGAGAAAUAUUCGAGCUGAAGUCUGAGCUCAAUAGUGAUAAAAAAGAAAAGAAGAAGGAGGCUGUUAAAAAGGUGAUAGCCUCCAUGACAGUAGGUAAAGAUGUGUCUGCACUCUUCCCCGAUGUUGUCAAUUGUAUGCAAACUGAUAAUUUGGAACUCAAGAAAUUAGUCUAUCUGUAUCUGAUGAACUAUGCAAAAUCUCAACCUGAUAUGGCCAUAAUGGCUGUUAACACAUUUGUCAAGGAUUGCGAAGACUCGAACCCGUUGAUUCGGGCGCUGGCCGUACGGACGAUGGGAUGCAUCCGUGUGGACAAGAUAACGGAGUAUCUGUGCGAGCCGCUGCGCAAGUGCUUGAAGGACGAGGACCCGUAUGUGAGGAAGACGGCCGCCGUGUGCGUCGCCAAGCUGUACGAUAUCUCGCCCAGUAUGGUGGAAGACCAGGGGUUCUUAGAUCAAUUAAAGGAUCUACUGAGCGACUCCAAUCCAAUGGUCGUAGCUAAUGCCGUUGCGGCGCUCUCUGAAAUCAAUGAAGCCAGUGUUUCGGGGCAUCCACUUGUUGAAAUGAACGCCCCCACGAUCAACAAGCUCCUGACAGCGCUGAAUGAGUGCACGGAGUGGGGACAGGUGUUCAUCCUGGACGCGCUGUCCAACUACUCGCCGCGCGACUCCCGCGAGGCGCACUCCAUCUGCGAGAGGAUCACGCCCAGGCUCGCGCACGCUAACGCCGCUGUUGUGUUGUCCGCUGUCAAGGUGCUCAUGAAACUAAUGGAGAUGUUAUCGGAUGAGACGGAACUAGUAAGUACGCUGUCCCGCAAGCUAGCUCCGCCCCUCGUCACCUUGUUGAGCGCCGAACCAGAGGUGCAGUACGUGGCCUUGAGGAACAUCAACCUUGUGGUUCAGAAGAGACCCGACAUUUUGAAACAUGAAAUGAAGGUGUUCUUCGUGAAAUACAACGACCCGAUCUACGUGAAGCUGGAGAAGCUGGACAUCAUGAUCCGCCUCGCGUCGCAGGCCAACAUCGCGCAAGUGCUGGGCGAGCUGAAGGAGUACGCGACGGAAGUCGACGUGGACUUUGUCAGGAAAGCCGUCCGAGCUAUUGGCAGAUGCGCCAUCAAGGUUGAACCGUCCGCCGAGCGCUGCGUGUCGACUCUGCUGGAGUUGAUUCAAACCAAAGUGAACUACGUAGUGCAAGAAGCCAUCGUGGUCAUUAAGGACAUCUUCCGCAAGUACCCCAACAAGUAUGAGAGCAUCAUCAGCACACUCUGUGAGAACCUGGACACUUUGGAUGAACCAGAGGCCAGAGCAUCUAUGGUAUGGAUCGUGGGCGAGUAUGCAGAGCGCAUCGAUAACGCCGAUGAACUGCUUGACUCGUUCCUGGAGGGUUUCCAUGAUGAAAAUGCUCAGGUACAAUUGCAAUUGCUGACGGCAGUAGUGAAGCUGUUCCUGAAAAGGCCGGCCGAUACACAGGGACUAGUACAGCAUGUACUGAGUCUUGCGACACAGGACUCCGAUAACCCGGACUUACGUGACCGCGGCUUCAUCUACUGGCGCUUACUGUCCACGGAUCCAGCGGCCGCCAAGGAAGUGGUGUUGGCGGACAAACCCCUCAUCUCUGAGGAGACAGACCUCCUGGAGCCAACCUUGUUGGAUGAACUAAUCUGCCACAUCAGUUCCUUGGCCUCUGUGUACCACAAACCACCUACUGCUUUUGUUGAAGGUCGCGGCGCCGGGGUGCGCAAGUCGCUGCCGGCGCGCGGCGCCGCGGCGGACGAGCCGCAGCAGCAGCAGCCCACCGUCAUCCCCAACCAGGACUCUCUGAUCGGCGAUCUUCUGUCUAUGGACAUCGGCGGGCCGCCCGCGCCUGCCGCGCCCGCCUCCAAUCUCGACUUACUAGCGGGAGGACUCGACGUACUGCUGGGCGGCGGGCCGGAGCCGGCGGUGGGCGGCAGCGCGACGGGGCUGCUGGGUGACAUCUUCGGCGCCGCGCCGCCGCCGUCCUACGUGCCGCCCAAGCAGUGCUGGCUGCCCGCGGACAAGGGAAAAGGCUUGGAGAUCUGGGGAACAUUCACGAGACAGAACGGUCAACUACGCAUGGACAUGACGUUCUCCAACAAAGCCAUGCAGGCCAUGAGCGGCUUCGCUAUACAACUCAACAAGAACAGUUUCGGCGUGUACCCGGCGGGCGCGCUGGCGGUGGGCGCGCUGGCGGCGGGCGCGCGCGCCGACGCGCCGCUGCCUCUCGCCGUGGGGGGGCCCGUGCAGCGCAUGGACCCGCUCAACAACCUGCAGGUGGCCGUAAAGAACAACAUAGACGUAUUCUACUUCGCGUGCCUCAUGCCCGCACACAUCCUGUUCACUGAAGACGGUCAGCUCGACAAGCGGGUCUUCCUCACCACGUGGAAGGAAAUCCCCGCCGCCAACGAGGUCCAGCACACCAUACAGAACGUCAUCGGCACCGCAGACUCCAUCGCGCAGAAGAUGACCUUGAACAACAUAUUCACCAUCGCGAAGCGGAACGUCGAAGGACAAGACAUGCUAUACCAAUCUUUAAAGCUUACCAACAAUAUAUGGGUCCUUUUGGAGUUGAAGCUGCAACCCGGCAACCCAGAAGCGACCUUGAGUCUGAAGUCACGCACCGUAGAGGUCGCCAGUUGUAUAUUCCAAGCGUACGAGGCGAUCAUCAAGUCGUAAUCUCCACUUAGUUUCUAUACAUCGAGUAUGUAGCCUAGACUAGACUUGGUAGCCUAGAUUUCUUAACUGUCCUUUUUUACUCAAUGAAAUUAUUUAAAUAAAUAAAUAAAAUGAUCACUGUACAAAAAUUUCUGUGCAUUAACUAACUAACUAAAGAUUCUUGUAAAGUCAAAAUAAAUCGGUAAAAAUUUCACCUUCGCUCACCAAGUUUGUCGGCUUUAUAUCGAUAAUUGCAGUUUAAUCGCUCUUACUAUUGUCUAAAAAUAGUUUAAGGGUCCACUGCAAAUUAGAUUGUAUCCUUCUCUAGGCUGUGGCUCGAUGUUUUUAUUUGUAUAUGUUGGUCUAAGAUCAUGUUAUAGAGUAUUCUUAUAUAAGUUAUUAUGAAAGACUAUAAUUAUGAGUUAUGACUGUAAAUUCCGCAAGCCGUAUGAAUGUUUAUUUAGAUGAAUUGUAUCGUGUAAACCCGCGGUUUUAUUUCAUCACUCGUUAAAUUAAUUAACAUUCACUAUUAUAGAAUUAAAAUUAUUUUAAAUAAAUUUAUGUUAAUCAUU